AGCAGCGUCUUACUGGAGCGGAGUCUGUACAGACAUGGUUUCUGGUAAACACUGUGGAAAACGGUUGUCUUGGGUUGCUAUGGUAACUCAGGACAGCCAAUCAAAGUCCUGCUGAGCGCAAAUCGUGUUGCUACUGGCUGCCUACCAGCCUAACAGAUUGGAGCAUGAGGAUUAACAUAACGGGAUGCUUCGCCACGGUAUGGUUGGCAGCCACCAAAGGCAGAAAGAUGAGCAGGAGGGAUCUGCUCAAUGUGAAUGUGCAACGCACCUGCAGUGAUAUUAUGGACUACGUUUUGGUGCAAGUGCCACCUCCGGCUCCAGGUCUGCCUCGUCCUCGCUUCUCCCUCUACCUUUCCUCUCAGCUGCAGUAUGGUGUCAUCCUCGUCUACCAUCGCCAGUGCCAGCUGCUGUUAGAGGAGAUCCAGGUGGCCAUUGACAAACUGCACCGUUUCCAUGUCCAGGUGCAAAUUGACAUGCUGCCUCAGGACAUCAGACUAGCUCACACAAUUCCUGAUGAUCUGACUCUUCUGACGGAGACAGAGGGGGCAAGAGAUCCAUUCUUUGGAUUAAUGGAGUUUGAUCUGUCCAGCCCAAGCAGAAUCAUUCAGCUGGCUCAGCAAAUGCCAGAGUUUUCACCAGAGCAUCCUGCACAUCCUCCUAUAGAUGCAGGGAUCACAGCUAGUCAGGAGUCGAUCACGAUGGCCGAGCAGGAACCCAUCGCCAUGCCUGAGCCUGAGUUUGAAGGGGUGGAGUUGCAGGACUUUGACAUGGUCGGCAUGCUGCUAGAGCAGCCCGAUCACUUUGUCGAGGGUGAGGAUCAGAGAGAACCUGAGGCAGUACAGGUGAGAGAGACAGAAAGAGGGAGAGAAGGAGAAGACACGUUAGAGAGAGAACUAGAGCGAGCAGUGGCAGAAAUAGAGAGGACCAGGGAGCUUACAGGAUCGCUCAUCUCAUUAGAUCUGGCUCAGACCACUGAUAUAUUAAGCAGAGAGCUCGAGUCAGUGGCUGAAGAGGACUUGAUGCUGCCCCCCAAAAUACCUGAGCCGGCAGAGAGAGAAAGAACCCCAGAGCCCAUACCCAUUCCACCAGCGCCACCUAGUCCAGAGAGGAGGGAGCAAGUGAGAGAAAGUCCCAGACUGGCAGAGCUUGUCCCAAGCAGCCCAGAGGUUCCUGCUCCUGUGCAAAUUAGGAGAAGAAGAAGGCAGCUGGCCUUCUUUGAUGCAGAAACACAAAUAUCCCAGGAUGCACUGCAGGCUCAGAUCAACGAUCCACAAAUUGGAAUCAAGUCUUUGGAUGAUCUUAUCAGAGCACCAUCCCGAGUGAUCGCGCCCCAAGUACUUCUUAAUAACCCGUGCAUGAGUCUUCCUCCUGAUAUCCUGGAGCUGUGGAAGCAGGGUGCAGUCCUCCAUCACAUCCUUCCACCCGAACGGCGUGAGGAGGAUCGAGAGUCCGCACGCGAGAGGGAGAGAGGACGAGAGGAGUCAGAAAUUGGGGUGCUCAGAGAGAUGCCCACUGAGUCAGAGUCAGGAAUCUUACGGCAUGAUACUCCAGUGUCGUCUUUGGUGAUGGAGAUCACAGACAGAGAUUUUUCACCCCUGGAGACUCCUGAGUUUCGACGAUCCCCUGUUCGUGUGUCUGUGUCCGGUUUGGAGGACAUUCCUGAGGAGAGGGUGCCUGAAAUGGAGGAGGUAUCGAUGGCGGCUGUGGAUUCUUUGAGGAGAGAAGCUCCCGCAGACGAGCGUGUACUGACAUUUCACUCCUUACUGCCCCCUGCGGUCGACCGUCGAACCGUCAGUCAGGCUUUCUGGAGGCUUCUGGAGCGUGUUGACAGGAAAGAAGUCGCGGUAAGACAGGACGAGCCGUACGGUGACAUCAUCAUCUCACCGAUACACCGGCAGCCACAGCAGAUGGAGACACCGGUGUUUUGAUUUCUUCACGUAUUUGCAUUGUUCAAGUGAUCUUUAGCUUAUGUCGAGUUAUUGACUAAAUCCGAAUACAUUCACUGGCCGCUUUAUUAGGAACACCUGGACACCUGCUCGUUCAUGUCAAUAUCCAACCAAUCCAGUGGUUUUAGCAUGUGAGAAAUUGCUGAUUUCCAGGGAUUCCCACCACAAGCUGUUUAGACAAAAUUAAGUAAAACAAACCCAAAAAACAUCCAGUAAGUGGCAGUUCUGUGUUUCUAACAAAGCGGCCAGUUAGUGUGUUGAGAGUUCUAACGUUCAAAUAGAUGAAAUUGAGACAUUUUAUAUAAAAUGAAUUAUUGUUCCUCUUGAAUUAAUAUGUAUUUUAUAUUACUUUACAUUUUGCUCAUGUUCGACUUACCCAAAUGUUUUAUACUGAAAGUUUUUUACGAUUUUAUCUUUGUAUGAAUUGUUGAACGCACAACGUAUUACGACUUUUCUUAAUAUUUAUUAUUAUUGUUCAUUUGUCUUUUUGGUCUUCUGUGCUAUUAUGGUGUUUUACUGGAUAUUUUACUGUAUUGUUUUGAGACAGUGAGAAAAAUACAAUUAAAUACCUUUUUGGUA